AUGUCCAACGUCGGGACAGUGAGACAUGUGCCCAAAGAUGUCCGGUACAGGUUCUUACAGAUGGCCGCUCCGGCAUCCUACGUCGCAGGUCUCGGUCGAGGAGCUUCAGGUUUCACCACCAGAUCUGAUAUCGGUCCGGCUCGAGAAGGACCAUCAGCAGAGACCAUAGCGGAAGCCCAAGCAAAGAGGGGCGAAGAGAUACCCGAUCCCGAUGCUAUCCAAGAUCCCGAUGAUGAACGAAACUUAUUCGCUGGUACGGUUUAUGAGGCCGAUGACGAGGAAGCAGACAAAAUAUGGGAUAGUGUAGACGAACGCAUGGACGCUAGGAGGAAAGCGAGGCGAGAUGCCGCAGAAGCCACUGCAGCUGAGAAGGAGCGAGCAAAAAACCCGAAGCUGCAAACUCAAUUUGCAGAUUUGAAGCGAUCAAUGUCGACUUUGAAAGACUCGGACUGGAAUGCUAUACCGGAGGCCGGAAAUCUGACGGGAAAGCGGAGAAAACACAAUCUUCGUCUCGAGGAAAAUCAAAACGGGAAAAGUUACGCCGUCAGUGACACCGUUCUAGCCGACGCUGCCGCACGGAAUGUGGUAUUGGGGGAACUAGACCCUAUGCAGCAAGAGAAUGGCGGAUUUGACACUCCCGCGACGGACGGGACCAUGACUGACUUUGUCUCCAUUGGUAAUGCUAGGGACCGAGUGCUUUCGUUGCGUCUCGAUCAGGCUUCACAGGACGCCACGAACGGUUCAUCUACCAGCAUCGAUCCACGAGGCUACAUGACUGCUCUCAAUAGUCAGAUCCUCCAGACAGACGCACAGAUAGGUGACAUCAAGCAAGCUCGCCAACUGCUUCAAAACCUGAUCGCUAGUAACCCUAAGCACGCACCAGGAUGGAUCGCUGCAGCAUCUCUCGAAGUACACGCCAAGAAGAUGGUACAGGCUCGGAAGAUCAUUGCUGAAGGCUGUGAGAAGUGCCCAAACAACGAGGAUGUUUGGUUUCAUGCUGCCGAACUCAACACUCCUGAAAAUGCAAAAAUUAUACUAGGCAAGGCCGUCCAGCACGUGCCAACUUCGGUCAAAAUAUGGUUGAAAGCUGCAUCCUUGGAGAGCGAUGUCGCUGCAAAGAAACGAGUCUUGAGAAAAGCUCUCGAAUUCAUUCCCAAUUCCGUUGGACUCUGGAAGGAGACGGUGAACCUAGAGGACGAUCCCGAAGAUGCUCGUAUUCUCCUCACUCGCGCCGUCGAGGUCAUCCCGACGUCCGUGGAACUGUGGCUCACUCUCGCUCGUCUCGAAACACCCGAAAAUGCCCGGAAGGUUCUGAACUCCGCUCGACAGCGUAUUCCUACCUCACACGAAAUCUGGAUAGCUGCAGGUCGGCUAGCAGAGCAGUCCCCGGCGGCGGUCACGCAGGUCAAAGAGGAGGACGAAGAUGAGUCUAGGCGGAAACUGGCCGUUCAAGUGGACAAGCUUAUGGCCCUUGCUCUUAGCUCUUUACGAAAGAAUCAAGUCGUGAUGUCCCGGGAACAGUGGCUACAGGAAGCCGAGAAGUGCGAGCAGGAUGGCAGUCCCCUGACGGCUCAAGCUAUCGUCAAGGCGACCAUUCACUUGGAUGUAGAGGACGAGGACAGGAAGAACGUAUGGCUGGAAGAUGCAGAGCGAGCGGAGAAGGGGGGAUUCUUCGAGGUCGCCAGAGCGUGCUUUGUUGUAUUGCUGGAGACAUUCCCUAAUUCCUCGUCAGUAUGGCGUCGAGCGGCUGAAUUUGAGAAAGCGCACGGAUCACCACAAGCUGUACAUGAGAUACUCGCGAAGGGUGUCCAACAAUGUCCUAGGGCAGAGGUUUUGUGGCUCAUGGCCGCCAAGGAGAAAUGGGUCGGAGGCGAUGUCGCGGGUGCCCAGGCCAUCCUUGCCGAAGCUUUCAAGCAGAAUGAAGACUCCGAGUCAAUUUUCCUUGCUGCGGCUAAGAUUGCAUCAGAAACGAAUCAAAUGGACGCCGCCAUGCAAAUAUUACAAAAGGCCCGGGCUCAAGCCAAUACCGAGAGGAUCUGGAUGAAAUCCGCCAUGUUAGAACGUCAACUUGAUAGGCUGGACGACGCUCUGAAAACUCUCGACGAAGCCAUUCGUAAAUUCCCCAACUUUGAUAAACUCCACAUGAUCCGAGGACAGAUCUACGAAAGUCGAGAUGACAUUGCCAAUGCCCGAGCUGCAUAUGCGCAGGGAUGUAAAUUAUGUCCCAAGUCUGUUCCCUUGUGGAUUUUAUCCUCCCGCCUGGAAGAGAAAGCGGGCGUGACUAUCAAGGCAAGAUCACUACUUGAGCGGGGAAGAAUGUAUAAUCCUAAGAAUGACGAGCUAUGGGCGGAGAGUAUAAAGGUCGAAGAACGUUCUGGUGGUACUCAACAGGCAAAGACUCUGCUGGCCAGAGCAAUGCAGGAAUGUCCCACAUCACCUUUACUUUGGUCUAUGGCAAUAUUCAUGGAGAAUCCUCAACAACGGAAAGGUCGAUCCGUGGACGCACUCAAGAAAGCUGGUGAACAUCCAUCGGUCAUUUCUGCUGUGGCUCGAUUGUUUUGGGGAGAGAGGAAGAUUGAGAAGACAAGACAAUGGAUGCAAAAUGCUAUUACCGCCGAUCCGGAUUGGGGUGACGCGUGGGGUUGGUGGUUGAAGUUUGAGAGACAACACGGAGAGAAGGAACGACAGGAUACUGUCAUAGAGAAUUGCGUCAAAGCGAACCCCCAUCAUGGUCCGGUAUGGCAGGCAGUGACGAAGGACCUGAAGAAUAUCGGCAAGAGCACGGCCGAUAUCUUGGAGUUGGUGGCGGAGCGGUUGGAGCGAUGA